ACUAAUGCCGUUCUAAGAGUGAUUACCCUGAUUUGUCUCUUCGUGACGCUCCUUUAAGAGUAUUUUUGACCACUACCGAAUAUUGUUUGUAUCGCGACUGUGCGCAACAUUUAUUCUAAUCUUCAAAUGUGAAUUAAAGUAAGUAUUUAAGUUUAAUUUAAUUUUGACUUGUUGCUGACAAUUAUAUUUGUGCUUUCGUGUUACUAUAAGACUAUAAGUUGAACUACUUGCGAAGUACAUUUAUUCGAAGGAAUUGUAAAAUAAAUAACUUUGCAUACUCGGGCCAUUUCUCAUGUGAGUUUUAAAUAAUAAUUUCAUUAUUGUUUUUUAGUCGAAAUAUUACAAAAUCUCUCAACUUUUCUAUAAUGGCCGAUAUCGCAAUAGUGUGCUCUUGGUUUAGCGCGAAUAAAGCUCGAUGUAUCUUAUAUGGCUCUUGUUAAAUACGUUGUAAGUUCAAUGUUCUUUAUACACACUUGCAUAAGGAAUGUUCGACCGCCAUUGUUGGUAUGUAAUAUUUAGGGUUCCUUGGGCCAGAUAGAAGGAUCCUUUUUUGAAUCGCGUGAAAUGCUGUAUGCCACGGUGGCCGAAACAGCAUUCCUGAACACUGAAAAUGGAAGAGUCAUUAGGAACUUCUAAUACUUUAUUAAACAUUUUUUUUUAUUGUUGUUCUAGAGUAGCCUGCAGUAUUAGAAUGGUUAUUAUAAUGGAUGUCGAUUGUUUUUUAAAUAAGAAAAUAAUCAGAAAACUCAAGAACAAAAAAUGGCCUUGGACCUUAACGCACUUUAUACUGUCUAAAAAAUGUAUCGCUUGUGAAUACGCUACAUCAUACGACAAUCCACAGAAACCCCUACAUUUUAAGAUAAGACAUAAUGAUAUAAUUAAAUUAUUGCACUCAAGUUUCUUCUGGUGUCAAAACUGCCAAGAAUUUGCAAUAUACGACCACUACCCAAAUGACGAAUGUGAAGUAUGCAACUAACUAACCGAUUAUAAUAAGCUAAAAAUCCUCAUAAAAAUAUAAAUACGUAAAUAAUAAUAAUUUAGGUAGGUAACAACUAUUUAUCACUAGGAACACUCAAAAAUCGUAGCGCGGCGGGAAGCAAGUGUGAACUGCCGGUGAAUCAAAAGGAGUGUUCUUAUUGGUUCGUCAGUUGACAUAUCUGAGAAGCGUUCCCCCACCGCGCCUGUACAUCACUUCAUUUCACCAACAUAAACAAAAGUCACGCGUUCGGCAAGUUCAAGGCUAGAGUUUGUUUAGUUGCGCUGGCGUUAUGUUGUGGGUGAUAUGAUACUGCCGCGCCGCAUGAUUAUCAUUAUUACUUGUCGCUUAUCACGAAAGAAAUAAAUAUUGCAUUUUAUAAGUAUCGGUAUGUGUUUAAAAUUAGUGAAAGUGUUUGUUUUUAGUGUUUUUAUAGGUAAUAUAAUGCAGUUUUGUGACUUAAGCAAACUUUACUUUUUUCAGAUAAGCCAAAACUAUGCCCUACAAAAUAGUUCAAACGAUAGAAAAAGGAAGGCCUGUAUUAACUGCAGUGCCGGACGGGUGGGAAAUUAGUGGAACUUUAUUUUGGCCAAAAAAGCAUGAAAAAUUGAGGAGAAUUGAACAUUCCAAACCGGAGACUAAUUGGCGGCCAAUAAAUUGCAUUCUAAAAAGAUCAAACUUGUCAAGUUUUUCCCAAGCUGAACAAGAAAUUGAUAGCAUGUCCAACGCCUCCGAUACCGAGACUGACAAUGAUAAUGUUAGUCACACAAGAAAUCACAAUAAAAAGAACAUAUCCAAAUUUCAACAGGCCUUUAACGAUAUGGCAAGACAAUGUUGUGAUGUGAGUAUUGUAGAAAUCAUGUAAAAAUGUUUUUUUACAGGCAAAUUUAUUGCAUGCUAUUAUAAUUUUUAAUCCUUAUAAUCCUGCCUACUGCGCGGGACUCGCAGAUUUGAUCCCCGCCAAGAGCAAACAUUCAUGCUAAGAACAUUUGCGUUUGCCCUGUUUCUGGGUGAUUGUAUACACGUGUAUGAAUAUACCUACAAGUUUAUAAUGUAGGUACUGGGUUUCUAUCUUAAAAUAAAUAAAAUAUUUUAGUGCGAAAGGAUCAAAUAUUUAAAAAAAUAUAUAUUUUUAUUUUCCAUUUCUUCUGUAGAUGUCGUAAAAUGUGACUAAUUAAUAGGGCGCACUAGGUACCUACCUUUAUUUUAG